UCUCCCCUUCCAGCCUCAGCAUCCCAGGGCCCGGAUCCCCAUCCCGUCCCGCCCCGUCCCUCCCAGCCCCAACGCAGACGCCUCCCUCGCGUCUCCUGCCCACCCGCCCUCCCCGGACGGCGCUCGGGAACCUGCCAUCCAGCCGGACCUGCCCGCACCCUCGCCAUGAUGGGCCCCCUGCUCGGAGGAAGGUUCUCCCGGCACUGCAAGCGGCACCCGGGGCUCAUUCCCCUCAUUGGCUUCAUCAGUGUCGGCCUGGGCAGCGCUGUCCUGUACUUGGCGCGGCUGGCCCUGUACAGCCCAGACGUCAGCUCAGUGGCCCACGGUCCCCGCAGCCCCAUGCUGUCUAAUGCCUAUCUAAUAUUUGUUUGCUCCCGCUGGGAUCGAAAAAAUGAUCCUGAACCCUGGAAUAAGCUGAGCCCCACGGACCAGUAUAAAUUUCUGGCAGUUUCCACGGACUACAAGAGCCUCAAGAAGGAGCGUCCCAGCUUCUGAGCACCAUGGUGACCCCCACCCGCUGCCCCACAGCACACACGGGUCGACCUGCUCCCCAGCACCCCCAAACCCGCAAUAAACCUCAGCGCUCUGGGAA